AUGGUCGACUUUCUGCUGCAGACUAACCCGUGCACCAUCGCCACCGAGAUGGGAUUCGUUGAUGCCAGCAUCGCUGGGAACCUGUACAUUGCCCGAUCGACUGAGUCUCAUUCUCCGUUAGAUCUCUGGGAGCAUACUUUUCUGAAGCAGCUCCUCCCUCCCACUGGUCGGUCCCCUUGCUGCCUUCUCUUCGCAAGCAUCGGCAGGUUCACAUCAAGGACUUCGAAACAUGCCGCUAACACUGCUCGAAUCAAUGAAGCAUGCCUCUUCUAUUGCUCUUCUCGUUCGAUGCUGUUGCGUAAGGAAUGUAACGAACCGCUCGUAGGAAACUUACUCCCUCAGAUUUUCGUUGGGAUUCACGUCCGCCCUGAAGAUGGCUUACACUGUUGUCUUGGACCACGAACCUUCGAAUUCAUGCUCGACAAACAACUCGAAAUCAAUACGUCCUGUCCACGCAGAUUUUCAGAAUAUUUUCUAUAUUCAGAAUCAGACUGCCGAGGUUUCGGUCAUUUUGAGCACCGCUGCCACUAUAUUCUCAACAGCCAGUGCACACGCCUGGAAGUGCUCAAAAUUCCAUCUUGGUUAGGAUACUCGGCUCUCACCCGAGCGACCCGGGUUCACGCCCCGGCAACGGAAAUAUGUAAAAAUCGUCUGAAAUGUAACCAUUUCAGACGAUGUCCACAUCUCGAGUCCUUUGGUUUACGGUCUGUGAAGUGGCGGAUGCAACCUACCGUGUACUACACUCUUCUUAUUUACAUGUUCUAG